CCUUUUUACUUCGUCAAUUUCACCCACCCGACACCCUCCCCGCCGCUAAAUUUUACCACUUCUCACCUCACCCACCCCCCCGAUGGACCUCUUCACCGCCGACCACCGGAUACCCACCUCCGACAACUUCCCUCAGCACGUUGCUCCAUUUCCCGAUCCCACCGACCUCCUCUACGCUGCUCCAUCCUCUGUAUUUCCCCCUACCGACAUCAUCAACCACCUCUCCAACCCUCCACCGCCGCCUCAGAAGCUCCGUCCCAUCCGCUGCAACGGUAGGUCCCCUGCCGGUUCUCAGGCCGAAAACAUCUUCGAUGGAUCCCUAAGGAGUUUCCAAUGCGUUUCUUCCUCGCCUGAGGGUGGUUUUUCUGGGGAUCAGCUCUGUGUGGCUAAUAUUGACCCUUGUCAGUACUUCAACUCCUCUGCAAAAGAUGAAAAGCCUGAAGUCAAGCAUAAUGGCAGCUUCGGCGAUAUCAUUGCAAACGAUUACUUCUCCGAGGAAGAGACGAAGAACGGCGGAUCCGGUGCUGCUAUUGCUGCGGAGAAUUUGAGCCGGAGCCGUGAAGAACCUCAAUUGGACGACGAUUCGUGCUCAACUUCAGAUGGUGGUGAUGCUGUUUUUAGCAGCAAAAAGCAUUUAAGCCAUAAGAGAAAGAGAACAAGAAGGUCACUCGAGCAUUUUGUGGAAAAAUUGGUAAUGAAGGUAAUGGAUAAGCAGGAGGAGAUGCAUAGGCAGUUAAUAGAUAUGAUAGAAAAGAAGGAGAACGAGAGAACAGUAAGAGAAGAAGCUUGGAAGCAGAGAGAGAUUGAAAGAAUUAAAAGGGAUGAGGAGUUAAGAGCCCAAGAAACCUCUCGCAGUUUAGCAAUUAUUUCCUUGAUCCAAAAUUUGCUGGGCCAUGAAAUUCAAAUCUCCCGACCAGCAGAAAACCAAUGUGCAGAAGAUGAUGGAGGUGAAAGCAGCAUCCAGAAGGAGCUAAAAUGUGAUCCAAGUGGAAGGAGAUGGCCUCAGGCCGAAGUACAAUCUUUGAUAUCACUUCGAACGUCACUGGAACAUAAAUUCCGUGCUACAGGCUCAAAAGGAUCGAUAUGGGAGGAGAUAUCAAUUGAGAUGCAGAAGAUGGGUUACAAGCGUUCAGCAAAGAAGUGCAAAGAAAAAUGGGAAAAUAUGAACAAAUAUUUCAAAAGGACCGUUGUAACUGGGAAGGCUAGUAUUGCAAAUGGUAAGACAUGUCCAUAUUUUCAAGAAUUAGAUAUUCUUUAUAGAAAUGGAGUGGUAAAUACUGGAGCUGUCUUUGAUAGUACAAAUACUGAAAAUAAUUCCAAUGCCGAAAGAAGUAUAGAUCCUUUUCAUGAAGAUGCUUUUGUAGAAGGUGAAAGAGAGCAUAUAAAACAGGAGGAGGCAUUGGACAUGGUACAAUUCUAAAAAAGAGAUUUUAAGUACACUAAAGAUCCCUUCGGUUGAUUUUUGCAGCCCAUAUUUAUGAUAAUGCAGAUUCUUCAUGUUUACUCUUAAUCUAUUCAUGGUUGAUUUCCCGGUGGGCUCGCUUUUUGGAAUAUGUUCCAGACAUUUGUGCCCCUAUAGUGACCAAAAGAAAUGUCAAGUUUUCAGUUCGAUGUCAGCAGGAAAUGAGGGAGUAGAUUGAGGAGAUACUUGAAUCAAGUUUCUGAGCUGAUGAUGCUUGAAAUUCUUGUAAGUAAAUGGAUAGUAGUUGAAGACAUGUCAUCUUUCUUCCUAUGGAUUUUAAUUUAUCUGGUUAUUGAAUUAGUUAGUUUGUAAGAGGAAUACGUCGAUAUUCUGAAUUCUCCAACAAUUUCUUUAACUAAGGUUAGUUCUUGACAUCAAAUGAUUUCGUGAUAUA